AUGCAUGCCAAUGUGGAGAGUGAACCAGGAAAAAUGAAUUCAAAUGGAGCUGCAGUGAAUCAUAGUGUUCUAGUUAGCAAGUUGAGUGAUGAUAGAGCAGACAGAGAGCCAGCCCAUGGCGAUGCUAGAUCUAGAUUAUCAUCUAAAACAGAUGCUGGAGUUGUGGAUGUUGAGACUAAUAUUGAUGGUGAUAAAGUGCUAGAUGGCUCUGAUACUUCUGCAUCAAAGAAUGGUGUAGGGGAAAUGGCUGAUGUGAAAGCUGAACUGCCAGUAGAAAGUUUUUAUGCCAAAAAGUUAACAGAAGACUCUCAAGGUAGAGAAAUCAGAAAUAAAGCAGAGAACAAUGAUAGACGAGAAACUAGGAGGAGUUCUUCUGGUAUGGACAGAACAAAUGAAAAGGGAGAUAAGAAUAGUAGGAGGCAUGAUGAGAUGUAUGCAAAAAAGGAAAGGACGGAUGAUCAAAAUGGUUCAAAAGAGAGAAUGAAAGAUGAAGGUCAUAGGUCUGGGGAAAAAGCAAAGGGUUCAGACUCAAGAAAAAGCUCCACUCGUCUUAGUGUUAAGGAUGACAGAAAGGAGACAGAGAGAGCCAGAAGGACCAGCACUAAAAAUGAUGAUGACAGAAAAAGCAGGAGAACCAAUAAUGAGAAAGGAGAAAGAUCUAGACGUACACCAAGUGAUUCUAGCAGACACAAGAGGCAUCGUUCCUGUUCAGUCAGCAGCAAGGGCAGAAACAGCAAGGACAACUCGGUGGUAAGCCACGCAUAUGAUUCAACUGAUUUAUCCUCUGAUGAUUCUAAAAGGAAGCUGCACUCAAAAAGACGGAAUUUGUCACCAUCAUCUGUAAGGUCUAAAAGAAGACAAGUUUUGCGGUCCCCACAUAGCAAGCAUUCUCAGCGCAGGCAUUCUCCCUACCCUUCUAUUGAGAACAGCAGGGGAAGGAGGUCAAGGUCCAGAUCACCUGUUCGUAGGCAAAGAUGA